AUGUCUAUUUCGCGACAGAUCUCAGACCUUCCCGACAAGUGCCAAGGGCCAAUCUUCGCUUGUGGCGCGCCGGCUCUCCGCUUGAGGCGGUGCGGGGUCUUUGCAGAGUUUUCGUCGAAAACAUGCUUGGAUCGAGCCCAUAGCGGUGAGCACCCUUUCUUGGUGGAUGCACUUCGCGACAGCGGGCGGCUUGUGUUGGCAGACAGCCUCUCCGAGAUGGCGGAGUCCUAUCAGGAGCCCUGCGUGCUUUUGGUUCCAGGGAGCCUGGCUCAAGGCUUCGAUGGUCGCUGGGCAAGCAACCCGGAAUCUCGCUUGUUACAGAGUGACCUGUUUAUGGAGGGCUGCCAGCUUCCAUGCAUUGGCAAGCCUCUUCGACGUCGGCUGACCGGAUCGGAGCUUCGGCGCUGGGCUACUGGUCGUCUGCUGCUUACGAGGAGGGACGUUGAGCUUCUGGGAAUCUCCUCGAUGCAGAAGGCCGGAAAGUCACCCCUGGUCCUGCCGCCCGCAGAGUUCCUGGAUGUGCCCGUGGACUUGUCUGUUGCGCGAGUGCAGUGCUGGCUGCCGGAAGAUCAGCUCGCACGUGUCCAACAAGGCAAGCGCUCCGCUGGUGACUUGCUCGAAGGUGCUUUCGUUGGGCGGAGGAGGCCCCGGAUCUCCUCGCUGGUGUCCAGGGCAGCGCCAGCGGUGGAGAUGAGCAAAGAGGCCAUCAAGAUGGGAUUCCAAGCCAGAGGCAUUGAAGUGGAAGUCCGCGAAGGAGCAGAUGGAAAGGGGACGGAGAUGCAGGUGCCGUCUUUGAACGCGAGGAUAGUUCUGAACUACCCCGCAUCUGAUCAAUCGACUGCCUUGGAGACGAUUGUCGAGUGCACGUCUGCCCAAGGGCGGCGGCAGAUACUGGAGGUCCUGAAUGCAGAGCUUGGGUGA